AUGUUUAAUGGCAUAACUUUAAGUCCACAAGGCCAAAGGGCAGUUUCCCCUGCUGAUAAAGAUAUCAUAAAAGACUUUGGUAUAGCAGUGAUAGAAUGUUCUUGGGCAAAGCUGGAUGAUGUGCCUUUUACCAAAUUAAAAGCAAAUCACAAUAGAUUACUUCCAUAUUUAGUUGCAACUAACCCUGUUAAUUAUGGUAAACCUUGGAAGUUAAAUUGUGUUGAAGCAUUGGCUGCCUGGAUUAAAUUAAUAUUAUUAUUAACAUCAGGAUUUCCUGAAUAUGCAGAAAAAUUAUUAUGUAAAUUUAAAUGGGGUGAUGAAUUUUAUAAAGUCAAUGGAGAAUUAUUAAAUAAAUAUUCCAAUUGUAAAGAUUCUACUGAAGUUGUAAAAGUUCAAUGCGAAUGGUUGGAACAAAUUGAACAAGAAUACAACGAUUCACGUAAAAGUAUACAUUUAUAUUCUUUACAUAUCAUUAUAUUGAUACACAUUUUUUGA